ACUGACUGGUGSCGGAAUGGUGCGGGUGUGGCAGAGUGGCGAAUGCUGAUGACAUCAAUCUGUACUACUGGAUUGGACAUCACGUGACAUCGUACGCCACACAGACUCACAGCCUGCAGGACAUGAGGCAGCAGGCGUCCAUCGCAGCCAAAGUCUUCAUUCAGAGAGAUUACACCAACGGAACCUUGUGCCAGUUCCAAACCAAGUUCCCCUCAGAGCUGGAGACCAGGAUGGACAAACAGCAGUUUGAGGAGACGGUGCGUACGCUGAACAACCUUUAUGCUGAGGCUGAGAAGCUGGGGAGUCAGUCRUUUUUUGAAGGCUGCCUUGCAUGUCUCACAGCUUACACCGUCUUUCUCUGUAUGGAGACUCAUUAUGAGAAGGUUUUAAAGAAGAUCGCAAAAUACAUCCAGGAACAGAAUGACAAAAUUUAUGCACCACGAGGCCUCCUGCUGACUGACCCCAUCGAGAGGGGUCUGCGAGUCAUUGAGAUCACCAUCUUUGAAGACAGAAGCUUCAGUAGAUAAACACCAACAAGCAGCUGAUUGGUUGAAGGGAUCGCCUCGACUUUGCAACCUACCCCAGACAUCCCAGACCUGCGACCUUAAAACUGCGUCUUUACAAUCUCUGUCAGCUGCAUGUUUCAACCAGAUGACCCUUCAUGACCAAGUCUGAGAUACUCUUCUGCCAUUUGGUGAAAUGUUGUAGCAAUAUGUUUAGUCUCUUCCUAUUUUUUGUUAUCAGUAGCCACAUUUGUGAUCAGCUGUGAAGGAUUGACGAGGACAGAGUUGAAGAUUUUUUAGCCAAUUAUUUGACAAGUAAAAGCCUUUGWUAAAGUAAUGUAGAAAUGUAAUGUGUUAUAUUUUCUUUCUAAAUGUAAAAGUUGACACAAGGUAACCAUUGGACAAAUGUGUGAUUCGGGUUAAAACAGGAGAUGAUUCAGGGCGCUGUAUAUCUCAGAGUUUGCUUAAAUUUUACUUUUUGAAUUUUAUGGAAGUUUUUGGUAGUUUGUUGCCUCUUUGCACCUUAUUUGCUUUUUUCUUCAAGUAGAAGAAAUGYUUAUUUUUAAAGCUCCCAGAUUGUUUAUAUAAAUGUACAUAUUUAAUUUUUAUGCAUUGAUUUCUGAUCACUUCUGUUUUAAUGUCAUUCUGUAAAUGUACCACUGACUCAGUUUUAUGACAGAUCUGUUUUCUGCAUCACGUUUGACUACAGUUGGUUUUUAAUUCUUGUCUAAUAGUCUCAUAUACUCAUAGAAUCCACGGCUGUGUUUGCCUGCAGUAUUAAAGUGCUCUUGUUAGAUGACUGUGGAGAACAGCUUUGCCUUCUCUGUAGGUGUGAAGCUUCAGGCAGACAUGAAACUGCUUGUGAUCACCACGUUUGGAAGCACAAUUCUUUUUACAACAGAUGGGAAUAAACCUGAUCCAUCCUGUCUCAUGUUGUGUUUUUGCAGAAUAGGUCUAAAUUUCUACUUUCAUAAGAGAUGAUUUUUAGAUGUGAAAUCAAAGAGGAAAAAGCAACCUUAACUUUUUAGUUGACAAACUAAUGAAAGAAAAAAUAAUAAUUUAGUCAAAUUACCUGCAGGAUGAGGAGCAGUAUUCUGAGUCUUGGUGGUGUGGACCUAAAGAAGAGGUCCAGGUUCUGUUGAGUCUCGUGUCUGAACAGUGAAGCUGUUGAUGUUUGACCUUCAGCUACGUCACACAUCAGGUAGAACCAGCCUGAAAAAUCAAACUCGGUGUCUUAAUAAAGUUUUAUUGUUUACAUUUUAAA